AUGGCAAAACCCAAAAAUGAAAGCCUGCCAAACCGGCACGCAUACACGCGGGUAUCCUACCUGCACCAGGCCGCCUCAUACCUAGCGACUGUGCAAAUCCCAGACGCCCAAGUGCCCUCAAACUCAUCACGGCCUCACCAAGAUGCUCGACUCGCUGGGCUCGAGAAGAUGCGCUCUACGACCGAGAAGGUCGCCCGGCGGUUCGUAUCCGACAUUCGAGCCGUCUCUCUCAAGGCUCAAAUUCGCCCGAGCCCGUUGGUCAAGCAGACGAUGUGCAAGUUCUGUGACUCACUGCUCAUCGAGGGCAAGUCGUGCACUACGACGGUUGAAAAUCUGAGCAAGGGCGGGAAGAAGCCUUGGGCCGAUGUCAUGGUCACGAAGUGCAAGACCUGCGGCAACGUCAAGCGAUUUCCCGUCAGCGCGCCCCGGCAGAAAAGACGACCAUUCAGAGACUCCAAGGCUGUCGAAGAGCAGGACACGAUGGCUGAGGUUUCUGCUCCGUCAGCCCCAAGUGAAUGA